AAAAAAAGUCACGUGACGGGGUCAUGACGGUUCCGUAACUCGGUUAUGGCAGAUCUGAAGGCUCCGGAGUCACAGCCCCGUUGCUUUGUCUCCUGUCCUUUUGCCUCUUAAAGUAGUGCCUUUUGCCCGCUGUAUUCUUCCUCUUCCGCUGUAAUCUUCCGCAGCGUGUCCCUGUCCAGUGGACUGUCUGCUACCGUCCCGAGGACACCGGUGUCCCGCAGCCCCCGGCUCUCUGACCGGCCCGGGAUGAGCGCCCUGAGGACCAUGCUGGCCUCCGCGAGCAUGAUCGGUGUGCUGGCGGUGGGCUACGGGAUGUGGUCCAUCAUAUCCCCGGAAGAAUCACGUAGGAGGGACCUGCUCAGGGACCUCCCUGAGGCCGACCCUCAUAGGAUGGAUGAGUCCAGGAGGAGGACAGCUCUGGUCAUGCAGGUUUUGAAGGAAGCUUCAGAGACCAACGAGAACAUCGCCCGCUCCAGAUGAGCUCCAUUACUGCCCUAGAACACCAGGGGCCGCGGGACUUCACAUGAAACUGUAAUGUCUGUGGGAUUGCUAAAUUAAGUUGUAUUUAAGUUGAGUGUACAGUGUAUGGACUUCUCGUUUACUGUCUUCAAAGUGUUGCAAAUAAACUACUCCUUAAAAUGA